AUGCUCGAUUGGCUGGUGAACCAGAUUCGACGCCUUCGUGUUUUCGUGCGCCGCAAGCGCAGUCCGCCUCAUUCUACCGAUAGCCUGCUCGUCUCGCCUAUUUCCAGACGGCCGAAGAAAAGCCCACAUCACCUGCAGCAUCCCCAACAGACCUACCUCUCCGGUAGUCUGGUUUCUCCAGGCCGGCUCUGGCCACCGCAGCAUAGACAAAAUCUCAGCGGCUUCCAAACCUCUGCCAACAAACCAGUUGCCAACCGAUGUGGCCCCCUCCAGCGGCCGGCCAGUACAGCUGAGGCUUCAGCUUCUGGAGCCGGGCUUUGGCCUGCCGACCGACAGAUCAUAUACGAUCGCCAGUUGUCUGCACCGGUAGAUUGCAUCCCUUUGCUGCAAAACUUUAACCUCUUCAUAUUCUACAUUACUCUGGGGACCUAUUAG